AUGGAAGAAUAAACUUAAGAACGUUUAUCCUAAUUGCAAGAAAUCUUAGCUCUUGAUGAUGUCCCCAAAAUUACUAAGAAGCUAACCAAAUUGGGAAUCUCCUAUUCUGAAUUACUCUAAUAAUUGGUUGAAACCAAUCAUAAUUAAGGCAUUCAAAUCUUAUAAUCAUACUCCAAAAACUUUACAGAAAUCAAAGGAAAAUCACUAGUCGCAUUAAUCUUGUAUCUCUCCACUUAAGAACCAAAUAUUGAAGCAAUCUUAUAAGCUGAUAGAUUAUUACAGUCCACUCAAUAUGUAGGCAGCUUUGUAAAGAACUACGAAAAAGCUAUUGUUGAUGAGAGUCCCUUCAGUCAACAAAUCAUCAACCAUAUUAUCGAAAACAAAACGAAUGUCCCUAACUUCAAUUUAGUCUUUGAUAAAUUAUUUCAAUUAUGCCAAUCCAAGUAAUUUAAGAACAUCCAAGAAUUUUAAAACCUAAUGAACACUUAGAAGGACGUAGUUCUGAUAAUUGACAAGCCAGUGAUAAAGAUCUUCCCUUUGACUCCUAGAAUCAAGUCUGAAUAUUUGCCUAAACAUCUGUAAAUUAAGAAAACAUAGAAUGCAAUUUCUAAAUAAGAAGAACUACGAUCAAUGUAAAAAAAAAAGAUCAUGACCAAAAAGAAAUUAAUGAGGGAACUCUAUAAGGAGUAAAAUUAAUUGCAUAAAAUUAAAAAAGACAAACUUCUUCAUCAACUUGAUAAACAAAAGGAUGGAUAUAAAAAAGGAUUGAGAUUGUUGGAAGAGCAAUAGAUGGAAUUAAAAAAACUCAAAACUAUGCAAUUAAAUAUAAAGAGACAUAAGAAGAAGUCUUCUAGAAAGGGGGGAAAUAAACAAUGA